AUGGCAGCUGAAGCCAGUACUACUAGGUCAGCUUCUUCGUCUUCUUCUAUGUACACUCUGUGGAAGUGGAACUCGGUCUCGAACUCGGCGAACCAGGGAAAAUCUAAGAACGAAGAAGGGAAAAGAAACAAGAGAACAAGGGAUAGCAGUGGUAACUACAAGCACCCAGUUUACAUAGGAGUCCGAAAGCGCAGCUGGGGAAAAUGGGUGUCCGAAAUCCGUCAGCCUCGCAAGAAAUCGCGCAUAUGGCUCGGCACUUACACCACCCCAGAGAUGGCGGCUCGAGCGCACGAUGUCGCCGCCCUGAGCAUCAAAGGCGGCUCCGCCAUUCUCAACUUCCCCCACCUGGCCAGGUCGCUGCCCCACCCGGCGUCCCUGUCGCCGCGAGACGUCCAAGCCGCGGCGGCUGAAGCAGCCGCAAUGGAGCAUCUCGGCGCCGCCGCUGCCUCGUCGGAGUCGGCUCCGGAGGAGGAGCUGGACGAGAUAAUUGAGUUGCCGAGUUUGGACGGGUGCUUUGACUCGCCGCCGGAGACAAGUGCGGAGUUCAAACUGCAAGUUGACGACAGCGUCGACGUGGGGUGGCCAUCGCCGCCUUGCAGGGUGCAUGAAUUUGACUCUUUUUCGUAUUAUUCCUAUCUGAAUGUGGAGACUGAUUGUAUUGUUCCGAGCAGCUUUGAGAUUGUGUGAUCUUAAUUCUUAAUUGCUUCUUCCUUCCUGGUCAUAUCCAGCUUUAUUCGU